AUGGCAGUCCGACCUGAGAAAUUCACCAUGAGGAGCAUUGCUCGAGUAGCGUUCGUCCUGAUCACCUACAGUGCAUCGCGUGCAUGUGCAAGAUUUUCAUUCAAUACCCAGGACUUGGUAUUGUUGGUGAAUGAUUCGGCAACACUCACCUUGACCUUAACGGACAAUGUACCAGAAAAUACCACAUUAAUCCUCAGCACUAAUCAUAAGGACUUACUGACGACAAAUAUUUCAAAAAUAGAAGUCACCAAUUCUACAGGUCCAAAUGUAUGGCCAGUAGAGUUGUUUGGUCAUGAUGCCGGCCACGAUUUAUUAAAAGUUGAUGCUUAUCCUUCUUCCAUAAAAUCAAGUGAUGCUUUUGUACGAGUCACUCUGCAACAUUCUAAUGAAUUGGCUUUAUUCAGUGUUGUUGUUGGAUGGAUUUAUUUUGUUGCAUGGUCAAUAUCAUUCUAUCCUCAGAUGUAUGAAAACUGGAAACGUAAAAGUGUUGUGGGUUUAAAUUUUGACUUUAUUGCAUUGAACUUGAUUGGAUUUAUGUUAUAUUCAAUGUUCAAUGUUGGUUUAUGGAUACCUGAAAUUGAAAAAGACUACUCUGCCCGAAAUCCUCGUGGACUAAAUCCAGUUCAAUUAAACGACAUAUUCUUUUCUAUUCAUGCUGUAUUUGCUACUUUAAUAACUGUGACUCAAUGUUAUUUUUAUGAGAAAGGUGAUCAACAAGUUUCUCGGACAGCGAAAUCAAUCAUGUCCUUUUACGGAUUACUAAUAGCCAUACUAUUAGUUCUAGUAUAUUUACAAAAGAUAGUAUGGCUGGACUUCCUUUAUUAUUGCUCAUAUAUCAAGUUGACCAUAACACUCAUCAAAUACAUUCCACAAGCGGUAAUGAAUUACAAGCGUAAGAGUACAAUUGGUUGGAGUAUCGGCAACAUAUUCUUAGAUUUCACAGGAGGAUUACUUAGUAUAUUGCAGAUGAUCAUCAACGCAUAUAACUACAAUGAUUGGGCCUCAGUGUUUGGCGAUCCGACCAAAUUUGGUUUGGGUUUGCUGUCAGUGAUUUUUGACAUAUUGUUUUUCCUACAACAUUAUGUAUUCUACAGUGGAGUUAACUAUGCAGAGUUUGAAAAUUGUAAUGUGGUAGAAGUGGAGGAUGAUGAGGUUACUAAUUCAGAAGAGCACACUAAACCAACUGAUAAACCAGAUGACCAGAUAUGUUAA